UCAGUGGUGAGUGGACAGCAGAGCAGAAGGUACAGCAACAGCACAGUGCGUCGAGCGGAGAGAUGGAGGGAGCGCUGACCGACUGUGCUCUCGUAUAAACCGGAGAGGGGAGCAGCAGAUGAAGAGGGAAUUAAACCAUGUUACAUCCUGAGAAGUGAACAUCUCCACAGCAAAGCCAGGCUCGUCCCAGAGACACCAGCGUCAUGAAACCAGUCCUGGAUUGAGCCUCUCCUCGGUGGGUUGGCAUGGCCCAGUGAUGAACGGAGCGGUGGUGCCCGGUAGCCCGGAGCUCUCCUCCUCGUGCCCACUGCCUGACUGGCGAGAGUUCUGUGAGCUCCAUGCUCAAGCCUCCGCUGCAGACUUCGCUGACAAGUUCCAGCGCUUCCUGUCAGAGAACCCGUGCUACAACUCGCCCGGUGCUGAUGCUAGCUUCUCACAGCACUUUGCCCACCACUUCCUGGAGUGCUUUUCUGCAGCGCUGACCCAGGCCCGCGAGAACCAGGCGUCCUCGCCGGAAGACGGCUCCAACGCGGCACCCAAGUACAGCAUUGUUCCUUUCCUGGGAAUCCAAGGCUUCCCACUGUCCUACGGUCACGACCUUUACCAGAGACGCAAAGACGCCGGGGCUUCAAGUGAAUCCCUGGACAGUAUGGACAGUGGAGGGGGAGGGAUAGAUGGGGGCGGAAGUGGCACCACUUCCUCCCGAGGCCCCCAGUCGACCCACAAGGUGUCUGCUCUGGGACAGUCCCGCAGCUCAGAGGACGUGUCGGUCAGUCACCCAAAGGCUCGCUUCAAGAAGGGUUUCUCUCUGAGGAACAUGAGCCUGUGUGUGGUGGACGGGGUGAAGGAGAUGUGGCACCGACGGGCCUCCCCUGAGCCUGACGCUCCCUCUGGAGCCAGGAAGGUUAACGGGGCAGGAGGAGGAGGAGGAGGAGCGGGAGGGGGAGGAGGAGGAGGAGGGGGGGAGGCUGCAGGGGGAGAGAAGUGGUCCCAAAAGCUGCGGCUUCCCAGGGGUUCCCAGGGCCACAAGGCUGAGCUGCUGGAAAUCCAAAGGGAGGGAGCGCUGAGGUACAUGGUGGCUGAUGACACUAACUGUAUGGGCGCUGCACAGUGGCAGAAGUGCCGCCUGCUGCUGAGGAAGACGAAGAGGGAGGAAGGAGGGGAGAGGUUCCUGCUGGAGUUCUACGUACCACCCAAGUCCUCAAAGCCCAAAGUCAGCAUCCCUCUGUCAGCCAUCGUGGAGGUGAGGACCACCAUGCCGCUGGAGAUGCCCGACAAGGACAACACCUUUGUUCUUAAGGUGGAAAACGGGGGAGAGUACAUCCUGGAAACCAUCGACUCGCUGCAGAAAAACUCCUGGGUUGCUGACAUCCAGGACUGCACAGACCCGGGUGACAGCGGCGAUGAUAUUGAGCUGGCGUCGUGUCCUCAUGGCCAGGCCUCCAAAGACUGCUCCAUGGUGGCCUCCUGCAGCUGUGAGCUGCUGUCUGAGGGUGUGUAUCGUGCUCCGGAGAGGUCAUGUCCUACGGCAGCAGAGCAUUACAGCGCUCCCUCAGUCCGUUGCAGGGAACCCCCCUUCACCCAGCACCCAUCUCACAUGCCUUUAGAGCGCUUCCUCCAGUCCCCAGAGGCCCAGGGCUCCAACUCCUCUGCAGGUGGCAGUGAAGGAGCUAAAGACUCAGAUGGCGAUGCCAGCUUGGCGGGUUACCCAUGGUUCCAUGGUACACUGUCUCGUGUGCGUGCGGCUCAGCUGGUGCUUGCAGGCGGGGCCAGGAGCCACGGGCUAUUUGUGAUUCGUCAGAGCGAGACACGGCCGGGCGAGUACGUCCUCACCUUCAACUUCCAGGGCAAAGCCAAGCAUUUGCGCUUGUCGGUGAAUGAGAACGGGCAGUGCCACGUCCACCACUUGUGGUUUCACACUGUGUCGGACAUGUUGAGACACUUCCACGCCCACCCCAUCCCGCUCGAAUCCGGAGGCUCGGCUGACAUCACAUUACGCUCCUAUGUACAAGUGCAGCGAAGCUCCGCUACAGAUGUGACCGUGCCUCCAGUCCUCACCCCGCCCAGGGAUGCGGGCUGCCGGACAGAUUCAGCCCAGCCAGCCCUCCACCCUCCUGGGAUCACAGCGCCUGCGGGCCCUCCCUCUGAUGCCCCGCUCUCCUCGAGCACCUCCUCCUCACCCACCACCCUUCCCUCCCUCUCCCGCAGUGACCCAGGUACUGGAGGAGGAGUAGGAGGAGGGUUACAAAGCCGGAGCAACAGCUCUGAGCGCCUGCUGGAGGCCUCUAGUGGUGCAUCUGAGGACUACCAUGACGCUGAUGGGACUCGAAGGGCCCGAGCUGUGGAGAACCAGUACUCUUUCUACUAAACCACCCAGGGCAGGGUUCAGUCGAAUAUUUUCGGAAUUGGAUGAGAUGCAGAAAGUUGGAGGUGAUGUGGGACGUUCAGCUGGUGAUGAAAACGGUCCAAAUCACUGGAUCGCCCAUUGUUUGGUUUGUUUUUAUUUCAAGGCAAUUUCCUGUUUCUCUGAUUUGAGAAAGGAGGUGAGAUCAUGAUGAGCCAUUUGUCCACACUGAUAAAUCCCUCAGGCUCUUUGUUUCAAAUUUAGUUGUCAAGGAUGUGAGUAAACAGACAUACAGAGAGGGACAGGUAGACAGGGAGAGGUUGAGAUGGAGUGGGAGAUUAGACAUAGAUUUGUGUGGGUGGAGAAAGCAAGAGGAAGUCAUCCAGUGGCCAUGUGGCUUUGAUUCUUCUCUUUCAACCACUUCCUGUUCACCCUUACCCGCAGUUCCCUGGGAGCAGAGCCUGUGUCACCACCCCAUUGAGGGACUGAGAGUUUGAAAUGACCCUGAAGAAACAGUCCCUCCCUUCAGAGCUCCUCCAGAGCUCCUGAGAGCAUCCCAUUAAUGUUUGUAAAGCUGCUUUGAGUCUGUCCCGGAUAUCCUCACUGUCCCUGCGGGGUUGCCCUACAAAGUCCUGCUCCAGGUCUCUGCUCUACACUAACAUCAGUGCAGCAAUCAUGGGUGUGUUAGUGUUAGCCCGGGGAUGUUUUUCUUAAAUAUGUACAGCCUAAAGGGUCUUAGUGCCUGACGAUUACCUUGGACUUGAAUGGACUGUUGCCUAUAGCAAUGAGGAGGAUGAUGUUGACAUACUCACAACAGCCCAAAAAUUAAAUGCAGGUGAUUAUUUUACUGUCGGUUUCUGCUUCAAACAUACUGAACAUGCAUAUCUCUGCCUACUGAAAUGGUUUUGUUCUCACAGCUUUAUCGGUGGCUGCAGCAUUCACACAGGUGGUCAUAUGUUGUGUUACAAAUCACUUUCAAAAUGUUGAAAUGGAAGAUGAACAACACACAUUCAGUCCUUACAAAUAUGGCAGGGUGGCUCCCAUUUUGCUGUCAUACUGGGUUAUUUCUAUGAGUGUGCGGUGGUGUAUUAGAGUCCCAAUGUUUUUCAAUGAUCGGUGUGCUACAGUAAUGUUUCUAAAACAUGGUUUUUGGGGUCCCUCCGUCUGGUGCUGGUUCUGUAUUCAAGAUCAUCAUAUCGAUAACCUGUAGAUUAGAUAUGCUGUUCAUAUAGGAGUUCACUUUGAAGUAAUGCCUUGAAGAUAUUAUUAUACCAAAACCAGCAGAGGGAGGGACUUGGGACUUGUUUUUUUAGGAAGGUGGCAGUAUUUUGUACUGUUUGUGCGGCCUGCAUGUGCGCUUGUAGGUCUGAACUGGAACGGUACAGUUUGUAAUAUAAUAGGAACUAGAUGGCCAUGCUUGAGUAGAGAAAUGUACUUUUUGCUAACACAUUACUGAGAUUAAGCUUUUUAAUAAAUCAAAAGAAAACCUAAUUUCCACACCACAAAAUAUUAUUUAUAAGAACUGACACCUAAAUAUUCAUUAUAAUACAAAAUAUCAGUGAAAAUACCCUCUUUCAGGAAAAGACAUUUUGAAAAUGUGUGUAUUUGUUUCCUUAAGAGUUAAAUGAAAAGAGUAAAUGAAUACCACUCUCAUGUCUGUAACAAAUAUGAAGCUAUACAAACAUCUAAAGCUCACUGAUUAACAUGUCUGUUUAAAAAUCUAAGUGUAAAAACAACAAAUAACCAUUUUAUGGGGGGUUAUGUGCCAGACUAUUUCUUGGUUGGGACAAGUUGCCAAGCAGCCAGCGGAGACUCCAAGAAAUUACUGAUCCUGUACGUCAUAUAUAUUUCCUUGUAAAACAGUGAUUUGUCAUUUUUACAUUUUCAUUUCUGCACUGGUUAAAGAAACAAGAAUAAUGUGUUAAUUACUGAGCUUUAAAGGUGCUAGUAGGCGGAUUUUGUUAUUUUUGGACAGAGCCAGGUUAACUGUUUCCAGUGUUAAUGCGAGGCUGAAGCGGUAGCUUCAUAUUUGCCGAACAGAUAUUAGAGUGCUAUCAAUCAACUCAUCCAUCUCUCAGCAAGACAACAAAUAAUCAUAAUCCCCAAAAUGUUGAACUUUUCCUUCCUUUAAUGCAUGUUAGAUACACCUGAAAACAUAAAAAUACACACAGCAUAAAAACAUCAAACAGCUACUGUAGUUAGAACACAUGCAACACUUUUAUUCAGUUGGAAUAAACAUAUCAAGACUCAGCAUUCGUCUUGUCAAGCAUGGCCAUUUAGCCUCAAAGGUGAAAUUUCAAUUUCAGUCAAGGAGCGAAUGGAUCAGUUCAUGUGCCAAUUUGAAUCCUAUUUUUGAAACAUAUUUAUUCCUCAGCCGUUGUAAAUGACAUUUUUCCUAUUGAGUCUUAUUUAUGUACAAUUGGUUGAUUCUUCUUGAUGAAACAUCCUCAGUGGAACCUGUCUGUUGCAACAGCCCCUUUCACAUAUCACAGAUUUGCUCAUGUCUCCCUUUUAUUUUCUUAACACCUCUUAAGGCUGACUUUUCUGUUGUCUGACUGAGUUUUGAAGAGUCUGUGCAAUUUUGUACAAAGUGAUGUACUUGACAUACUACUUUAUAUUUCUGUGAAUAAAAUGUGAACAGAC